GUUCCUUGCCUUCAUCAAAUCCCACCCUCUGCUCUUUCUCUCUCUCUCUCUCUCUCUCUCUCUCUCUCUCUCUCAAUGUCUCUCUCAUCAUCAACAGUCAUACCCAAAUUGUUCCGGGAAUGCUCUCCCGAGAUUAUCUUCGAGAUUUUAUCAGAGGAUUCUUUGGAUGCAAGGCACCUUCGUCCAUUCCUCGAUACAGUGAUGUCCGAAGGUGCCAUUGGCAUUUCAGCCUCGUAUCGACGCCAUUGCCAACUUGGCGCUAUCGCUUUCUCCUCACCAACUAGAGUUCUGGUAGUACAGCUCGCUAGUGGUGAUCUGUCUCUAGGCAGCAACUGUAGCAAGCGAAACAGAGUCAUCCGAGCAAGGAGCCUCCUCGAGAGACAAAUUCUCUGCAAUGCAAACUACCAGAAGUAUGCAUUUCAAAUGGAUCGUAUUGCGGUUGCCUUGUAUUUGGACAUGGCACUGCGAAUUGAUAGCGCAAUAGAUAUGCUCUCCGUGUCGCCAUCUGAUGACAGGCGAUCCCCGCAGGCGCUUAUGAAUGCAAUGGGUGGCGAGUCCACUUUACACCAGUCAAACGUCAAAGCGUUAUUUUUUAGUAACCAGUCACGCCCCGCGUCAAAUUCAGACCUUGUCCAGCAAGCCUGGGCAGCUUGUCAGGCGUCUAUCCUUCCUCACAUGGCCGUGCGCUUCCACGCUUUGAGAAGGAUCAGAACAAAUAUCAUACCGGAUGAACAUAUGUCAGCGCUUUCUAAGAUUUGCCGUGAUGGAGAGCUUUUAGAUUCCUUGAAGCCACUCUCUGUGAAGAACGACGUUAUGCCAGACAUUACGGUGAAGAUGGAUAACCUUAAGUUGACCUGUAGUCGCUAUCCGACUCGUAUCAGACUCUCGGCUCAGCAGUCCCUCCAAAUAGAAACACGGAAGGGUGUUCAAGUGUCAGGUCGUGCCAUCCACGUCAAAGGACGAGAAGCUCGGAUCAAAAUUCGGGGUUCCUUUCAUGGCGACGAAGUAAAGUCGGUGAGGACAAUCGGGGGAAUCCACCCUGUUGUCACAUCCGCUUUUCAAAGCCGUAUGGCUCCCAAAUGAUGCAAUACGUUGGCCGAAGUCCGGCCACACGAAGCCAAAGAUACCGAUCCAUUGCCCAGGUCUCGAAAUCAAUAUUUCUCAGGAAAGAGCCAUCAAGAAAAUCUUGUCUGCAUCGGAUGCGGAUCGAAUCGUGCUGAUUCAGGGACCCCCGGGAACCGGCAAGACGACGGUCAUCACUGCCGCAGUUACCAGCAUUAUUUCCUGUCUUGCUGCUAGUAGCCGGACCAUCU